AUGGAACGACUGAUGCUCGAACCGCUCGACCACGAGCACCACGAGCGGAUGACGCGUGGCGACAAGCACCACCACGGCGGCCACCACGACCACGGCCACAAGCACAACCACCACCACAGCUCCAGCGGCAGCUCCGAGAGCAAGGAGAAGUCCUACGAGGAGAGCGGCAAGGACUACGCGACGCUGCAGACGGUCAAGAACUGGAACGCGCCCAUGUUCUCGGCGAUCAUAAACCAGGACGACACCAGGCCCAAUUACGGAGACGUGAUCACCUGGAGGGGUGUCCAAAUCGCGACAGGGGACAACACGCCGGUCGUCGAUCAAAAAGAACUCGAUAAGAUUUUCGACGACGCGUACAAAACCAUGAAACACUUCACCGACGAAGAAAAGGAAACGUUCCACGCGACUUACCAGACCGUGAACAAAAUCGAGAACGAGAAUAUCCACUUGAACUCGUCCCAACUGCUCAAGAAGCACCAGUACAAGGUGGAGGAACACACAGUCAAGACAGACGACGGCUACCUCCUAACCAUUUUCCGAAUCGCACCGAAGAACACUAAGAAAACGGAAAACGAACAUGACAAAAAAGUCAAGGUCGUUUUCCUCGCUCACGGGCUGCUCGGCAGCUCUGAUGACUGGCUGUUGAUGGGCCCCAAGAUGUCCCUUGCUUACAUGCUCGCCGACGAGGGCUACGAGGUCUGGCUGGGAAACACCCGAGGAAACAAAUACGCCAGGCACCACGUUAGCAAGCACGAAGCGCACCCAGACUUCUGGCAGUUCAGUAACGACGAGAUCGCCCUUCACGACACGCCCGCGAUGAUCGACCACGCCCUCAAGGUAUCCGAGCAGAAGAAACUUCACUACGUUGGCGUUGCCCAGGGCACGACCACGAUAUUCGCUCUUAUGGCCGCCCGCCCUGAGUACAACGAGAAGAUCGCCACUGUUCACGCCAUCUCUCCUAUGGUAUACAUGACGAAGGUCCGCAGCCCGCUCUUCCGAAUGAUCGCUCCGAACAGCCCGUUCCAUGAGCGCUUGCAGGAACAGUUAGGCUCUGGCGAAUUUAAACCGACUCAAGAAUUGAUAAAGACCGCCGGCGGCGACAUGUGCGAGAGCGAAAUCGGCUGCAAGAACGUCUGCUCCAACGCUUACUUCGUGAUCACCAGCCUCGGGGAUUUGGAUGCCGAGCUGAUCCCAGUCAUCAUGGGCCACCUCCCCACGGGUGGAUCCAAACGGCAGAUGCAGCAAUACGGGCAGGCAGUCGCUUCGCAUGAGUUUAGGAAGUUCGACUACGGCCCCGAAAUCAACCAGAAGGUCUACGGUCACGUGCAACCUCCUAAAUACAAGAUGUCCAACGUGCAGGUCCCAGUUGUCUUGUAUACCACCACGAAGGAUUGGCUGUCGCACCCUGAAGAUGUCGAGAGGCUACACAAGGAGCUCCCCAACGUGAGAGAUCACCUCAAGGUAUCAGAUGAGGAAUUCUCCCACAUGGACUUCCUGUUCUCGAAGAAAGCUCCCCAGACCGUUUACGAAAGACUGAUCGAGAAUAUCAAGCAAGACGAAUCCAAU